UCCUAGAAUUCAAAAUUUCCGGAAGCCGCACCUGCAACAGGAACGGCUUCGGCAGCAACMACUAUGGAAGAUCUCGACUUCUUGGAAAACGCUUCCGCAUCUUACACAGAUAUCGAACAAAAUGGUGCACCGAUCCUACCGCUUCCUUUCGAUCCACCGCAAGCGGGCAGAGCUGUGCGUGUCGAUGCCCCAGUUUACAAUCCUCACACAGAGCGCGCCGUGAAGGUUUCGAAUAUCAUAUACGAGAACCGCAUGGACGGUAGACCGCCGGAACGGGCUUACUGGGUAGGUCGCAAGCUGAAGAAGUGUAUCUUUGGGGUGGUAAAGGAAUGCACGAUACUGCGAUUCCGGAACAAUCCGGACGCACCCUGGGAAGUUACAGAGCACAAGGCGGCCGCAAAAAUCAUGGCGUGGCACAAAAUAAGGGACCUCCAGCAYAUAGAGGAUCCCCAAAAGGAGGUGGCGGCCAUGCAAUUUAUUUCGAGRCAGGGAGGGCAUCCCCAUGUAAUGGGGGCACUGGAUGUCUUACAAGACGAUGAAUAUCUACUUAUGUUCAUGCCGUUUUGCACAUCUGGAGACCUUUUUGGGUUUGUGCAUGAGGCCGGAAGUAAGUCAGCCGUUGCAGCUUGUGCUCGAUCGAUUCGGUCUUUGAACUGUUGUAUAGCUUUCAGCUUUUUGYGUUURCGUUUUUUGUUGGUGUUGAUCGCCAGAACCGCGCAGAUUUUUCUUUAAUUUUUCAUCUCCCMUUCAAUSAAGAGAAACAGAGCUCAUCACUUCCAUUUUGAAUUGUUUUUCUGGAUUUGCGUGUUAUUUUUUGGGUGGGAUGYUSCGUUCCUUGGUUUGUCAUUUUGUGGGUUCCAGGAUUUCCUGAAAACAUGGCUCGCUAUUGGUUCACACAAAUACUAGAUGUGAGUGUAUCAAUAGUUAUUAGAGAAAUGGCUGGAAAAYAUUGGUGAUGACGAAUGCUGCGGUUUCUGCAGUUUAUUCCGUCUAUUCUAAUGGGUCUCUUGCGUUUUGWUUAAAUGUAUCUCUAUAACAGGGAGUUCAGCAUCUACAGAA